UCAUUGUCAGAAUGGGCUACACAUGCUCAACGCGCGUCGGACAAUUUUCAGAAUUCCCUAUCAUAUUAUUUUCUCAAAUUCUUAUUCAUCAUUUUUAAAUUAUUUCUGUUAUAUUAGGCAUGCUUGUACAUUACGUACAAAAAAUUUAUGAUAAAAUUUAAAUUUCCCUACCUAUUUGAGAUAUUCAGAAUUACUUCUACCUUUAAUAAUGCUCAACAAGAGUUCUGUCUUCGAACACAGAAUUAGCUAUGUAGUUUCAGUGCUUUUGAACAGAGAUUAACUAAAAAUGUAUUUAAAAGCUAAAAAUAAUAUGAUACUCUCUAUGAUUCCGUUAUUCAUAGCGUUUCAGCUUAAGUAGAUUAGUCAGUGAAAUAUUUGAUGAGAGACAUUUAUGCGUGUUUGGGUUUAUUUUCUUUUCAAAACAUUUUAGAAUUUUAUUUCUUUUGGAAUUUCACUUUUGAUAUUUUGGGUACGCAAUAUUACUAAGAUAUUAUGCCACCCCCAAGACCGAGGGGAGUGGGAUAUAAUACAGGAGUCACAACAUCAAGGCCCAGCCCGAAUACACCGAUGUCUGAGAGACAGCAAAUGGCACUGCUUAUUCAGAUGACGGCAAACUCGACGACAGAGGCCUCCAGAACGCACAUCAAAAAGAAUGAGCAUAAAAAAAGUGAUGAUGCCGAAGAUGUUAACUCCACAGAAAAGCACGAUCAUUCAGAGACCAGUCGCGAUAAAUUAACUACUGAUGAGGGACAUACCGAAAACAAAAGUGAACACGAUGGUGUUGGCAGCGCAGAUACACCUUCGUCCAGUCAGGGUAAACGUAAUUUCUCAGAUAUAGAUGAGGAUGAUUUUGAGGAAUGUGAUGAUGGCAAGAAAAAAAAACGAAAAGAGGUAGAUGGUGGAAAAGAUGCAAAAACCACAACAACUGCACGUCUACCCGGGCGUACGGAAAAGGUUAUCAAGCAAACAUCGGCAGCUAAAAGUUCACCGAAUCCAAAUAAAAAUGUAAACUCCACAGAAAAAGAACAGGCUGAAUUGGCAAAAUCUGGUUUUGCUAAACAAUUUGAAACGGAAGGUGAUGAUGAAGAAUUUAAAAUGUCUGAAUCUUUAUACAGUGGCGGUUUAAAGGUGCCGCCACUAAAAAUUGUAAUUCCACAACAGAAUUGCUCCAUAGAUACCGAUGGAAAUGUAUCACGUACAGGCAAAAUCAACACAUCUCGCAAUGCAGCGCUACCAUAUGUGGUUAGUUCAAACACAAAUGAUUCCAGCGAACGUGAAACGCAAUGCGGCAGUCCACAUGAAAGUCCGAUAAAAAUAAAUAACAUGCAAUGUAAUGUUAUAGACGAAAAAAAUUUAAAGUUAUUAAACGAGGAGAAAAAUCUACAUCGUGUCCUACGUAGUUCUCAUCGCAGUGGUAUUACUAGUGCCGAACGCAGUUCUAACAAUUCCUCACCUCAAAUGCAAAGCAGUUCACCAUCGCCAGCGUCGUCGAACGCCAAUGAGGGUACUACAGAUAAUAAACUUACGUUUACAAAUGUUAGCGCAAGCCCUCUACAACAUAAUCAUACGUAUGAAAAUGAGAAUAUUGUUAAUUUACCAAGCCCAUCCACCUCGUCUACAUCGUCAUCGAAAGACGUACAUUCACACGGUGUCGAAUUACAUCCGCGCAAGCGAAAAAUACGCACCAAACAUGAUGAUAAUCACAAUAAUAAAAACAAUGGAAAUCAAAAUACAAAUACAGAAGCCAACGCUUCAAUAUCUGAUACACAUUCGCAUGAUAUGCCAUUUACAAAUUGUUUCCAAAUGUAUCUUCGAAUACGCAGGCAAAUUGAGAAAAAGUGGCAAAAUAUGUACCCGAUCAAACCAAGACCGCCGCAGGGUUAUAACGAGUAUUUGCUGAAUAAAAAGACUUAUCUGCUUGCAAGUACUGAGCAGAAAGUUGAUCCCGUUACACCGUCUAAUAUUCCACCGAAAAUGCAGGAAAUUUACCGUUUGCAAGAAAAUGAACGCAAUGCACUGCUACAGCGCCACAUUGUGGAGCGUGAAAAAUUAUGUUUGAAUGUGGAACAGGAAAUGAUACGUGUUCACUCGAAGGCAGCGCGCAACAUUUCAUGUCAGCCAGUGCCGUAUUCGGUGUGUACGCUACUUAAAGAUGAAGAAGUAUACAAUAUACCAACAUCGGAGCAGGAUGAAAAGGAUAAAAACGCACGUUAUCGUUUCAAUGGUCGACAACUACUAAGUUGGUUGCAAGAUGUCGAUGAUAAGUGGGACAAAAUCAAGGAAGCCAUGGUUUUACGUCAUCAUAACGAAGCGGAGAGUCUGCAUGCCGUACAGAUGAUGGAUUGGGAUAUUGCAUUGAAAAAACAUAAAUUAUGGGAUUAUAAGUGUGAAACUGCCAUUGAUAAGGACCAUGUACCUAUUGUACAUGUUAGCGAUGACUUUGAUCUUUUACCAGCUUAAAUUUAUCAAUAAUAAAGUGAUAUAAAAUAUAUACAUAUAUGUAUUCAUGUACAUAGAUACAAAGAUUCCCCUUAAAUUAAUUUAAGGUGUCGUCGUGAUUUCAGCACAGAACUACAUGCACUCAAAAUAUUUAAUAAAAAAAUGCUUAGAAAAAGCACCAAAUGUAAAAAAAAA